GCCCACUGUUCCAGCUCACCCAAGAACAAUCGAGCUAGCUAGCUGAACAUUCCAAGUGGUAAGCUUGGAAGAACGAGAAGCAGCAGCAGCAGCAAUGGCCAAGCUUUGCACAGUGCUGUUGGCAGCUGUGGUCUUGCUCUCACUUGUAGUGAGCCCCAUUGAUUGCACCCGCAAGCUCAGCAAGGCGAAGCCGAAGACGAAGGCGGUCAGCCACAGGCCGGCGCCGGUAGCCAAGGUCACCCACAAGCCGGCGCCGGCCGUCAAGGUCAGCGGCCACAAGCCGGCGCCCGCAGCCAAACCCCACCGGAACUACACCGCUAUCCCCUCGUCGCCGUCCACCGUGUACGGUUCCGGCGGCUGGCUGUCCGGCGCCGGCGCGACGUACUACGGUGCCCCCAACGGCGACGGCGGCGAAGGCGGCGCGUGCGGGUACCAGACCGCCGUCGGGAAGCAGCCGUUCUCGUCGAUGAUCGCCGCCGGGAGCACGCCGCUGUACAGGGACGGCGAGGGCUGCGGCGCCUGCUAUGAGGUGAAAUGCACGACCAACGCGGCGUGUUCCGGCCAGCCGGUGACCAUCGUGAUCACCGACAGGUCCCCCGGCGACCUGUUCCCCGGCGAGGUCGCCCACUUCGACAUGAGCGGCACGGCCAUGGGCGCCAUGGCGAGGCCCGGCAUGGCCGACAAGCUCCGCGCCGGCGGCGUGCUGAGGAUCCAGUACAGGAGGGUGCAGUGCAAGUACCCCGGCGUGAACAUCGCCUUCAAGGUGGACCAGGGCGCCAACCCCUUCUACUUCAACGUGCUGGUGGAGUUCGAGGACGACGACGGCGACCUCAACGCCGUCGACCUGAUGGAGGCCGGCAGCGGCGCCUGGACGUCCAUGGCGCACAACUGGGGCGCCAUGUGGCGGCUCAACAACGGAAAGAGGCUCAACGCGCCGUUCGGGCUCCGGCUCACCUCCGACUCCGGCAGGGUGCUCGUCGUCAACAACGCCAUCCCCGCCGGGUGGAAGCCCGGGGUGACUUACCGGUCCUUGGUCAACUACCCCUAAUUCCCUGAAUUGUUCUGCUGCCAAUGGUGAGCAGUGCAUGGUGAGAAAUGUGCGUCCGGGUUUCGCAAGAGGCGGUGUGGAAAGAGGAGGAGGUUGAAGAAGGGAACGGUGUUCUUCCCUCCCUCCACGGUCUCUGCAUUCCCCUAGUGAUGUGUGAAUCGUGCCUGUAAUUUUAUUUUCUUACUUGGUCACCGUCGUGUUGUGAAGGAAAGGGAGAAGCUUGAGCUGCGACUAACGUUGCAUGCCAUGGAUCAAGUUGUGUCUUUUGAAUUUUGUACUUUCAGGAUUCAGAGAAAUGAAUUACUGCCUUGGUAAGUUUCAA